AUGGCUAAAAAACAUCAAAAAGAUGGUAAAAUUAAAAAGUUAGAACGUAAAUCAAAGACAAAACAUGACAGACCUAAUUCAGAAGUCGACUGUAAUCAAUCAGAAUCAUCACAACAUGAAAUUUAUCCACAUCAAUAUCAUCCUCAUUAUGAUAUAGAAAGACAACAACAAUAUCCACAAGAUAGAGAACACUAUCAACCUCGUCAUCACAACGCAUACUAUCAACACAGUCAGCAAUUGCAACAACAACCCCAACCCAACACCCCAGAUAUCCUCAACGACAUCAACGUCUGCAUCAAUAUUUCCAAAAGAAUACAGAUCUAUCAAAGAGUACGGCAUCUGGAGAUGAUUUGAAAUUCACAUAUGCCUGGUGUCAACUAUGGUUAUGCGUAAUACUUACCUUAUUAUUUCCAUUCACUAUAUUCGGUUUAAUAACACUUGUAUUAAUGUUAACAGCUUAUACUGAUUUAAACAAUAAACAAUUUGUACAAUAUCAACGUAAGAUAAAACGAACAAAGUAUAUACUAGCAAUAGUUUAUUUUACAAUAUCACUUUUAUUCUCUUUAUGCCUAACAAUGAUAAUUAUUUUAUCGUC